CUCUUAUCUAAUGAUAAAGGGACUGGACGCCGGUUGACAGAAGUGCUGUCGAGCAGAAAUGAAUCUCCUUCCUGGAAAGAUCUCGUGCCGGAUUACACAGCACCCGCAAUGCGAAUGUCGAGCGAAGAGACGCUUAAAGCAGCACAGCUGUAUUUAACAUGGGCGAAAAUAGAGGAAUUAGCCGCCACAUCGACAGCUGAACCAUGAGAGAUGUUCUCUCUCCCGGUUCUGAGGUAAAAACGCCGCUGUGAGACUGCAUGAAACGGCUGUUUUCGAGAUCGUCAACUAGGCUAAUCUAACGUUACAGCAGUGCAUCUUCAUAUGAGAUAGCGCGAGAUAAUCUGGCCGAUGCGCGGCGGAGCACGAAUAAUACACUGAGGGGUGGCACUCGUUUUCAGAGACCGGUCGGUGUCUGACCGUCCGUGUCCCACAUGACCUACUUUCAAAAGCUUUAAUGCGGGAGAAGCAAAAGAGACCUUCCGCACUGAAAAACAGCUCACUGUUUGCUUACACGUGUGACCGAGGUCGUGUGGACCUCAGUUGACAUGAACGUCACGGCCUUGGAAGACUUGAACAGUGAUAAAGAAGCAUCUUCCACGAUUGCUUUAUUUAUUUAUUAUUUAUUUAUUUUUUAAAUCGUAAUUGUUUUAAGCAGAAUCUACCAUGUCGAUAACUCUAAAGACUUGAGCUAACGGGGGAAAAGGGACCCUGGAUCCAUUGACCUUUGCACUUGCAACAGCAGGAUUAUUUAUUUGAGCUAAAACCACAGUCAUUUCAGUACAUGCUGAUGGGAUUUGUAUUAAGCCAUGGGAUUUGCCUUUGCCAUCUGAAAUCUGCGCUUGAACUCCAUAAAAGCUUCUAAAGGAUUAUUAAAAUGACAGUUGUGUCUCUGUGAUGUCAUCGAGUUUGAAAGUCAAGUAAUACUAGUUAUGUAACGACUACCUACAACAUCGUAGGGCUAGCUAUACAUGUUAUCAGUCAGUGAAUCUAAUUCAACAAUGAUUCUAAGAUCAGGAGAUAUUUUUUACGCUACUCUGUGAAUUUAUCUUUCGGUCCAGUCAUGUGGUCACUUCCUUUACUACGUCACACUGAAGUUCCACCAAAAGUGACUGAGAACUUCAUUCUGUCUGGUUAUCGUUUCCCCAACUACAGUCUACGGGAGUGCCUAGCCUCUGCUUUUCGUCCCACCAAUGAGACCGGAAACUUCUGGACACACUUCCUCCCCAUCUUUGUGUUCACCUAUCACUUUCUGGAGGUUUUCACGUGGGAAGGAGCACCUGAACCUAGCAAUCCUUUUUUCUACCCUUUCUGGAACUACUUCCUGGGAGUGUUGUACCUGCUGCUAGGCAGCAGUCUGGCUCAUCUCCUCAACUCUAUGUCACUCAUCAUUCGUGAAAUCUGUUUCUUUGUGGACUAUGGGACUAUUAGUGCGUAUACAGUGGGUUCUUCACUAGCGUAUUACUACUACAUCCAUCCUCAAGCAGGAAUACCAGAGAUUGGAUUUGAUGGACAGAACUCUACUCGAAGAAAGAGCCUGAAUGCUGAUGAAGAGUCUUGGCUCUCUGCAUCUUUUCACACUCAGGUGCAACAGUUCUUUGAAAGCCUCUACAUCCCCUCCUCCUGUCUGAUCGCUAUCGUAUGCGUCAUCACCUGCUGUAACACCAGACAGUGCUGGCGGAAGUACCGCUAUGCUGUCCGCACCCUCGUCUUCCUCCUUCCGUUUUUCAUCUCCUCCACUCCUGUCUUCUACCGUCUCUCUGUGAGCUCUCCAUCAUCCUCCUCCCCUCAUCUGUUCUCCACCAUGGCUGCCUUCUUCUACCGUCAUUGCUUUUGGCUGGUGGUAUCUGCCAUCUUCAAUAUCAGUAAGAUCCCAGAACGUUUUUCUCCUGGGAUCUUUGAUAUCUGGGGUCACAGCCAUCAGUGGUUCCAUUGCUGCACGUUCCUGUCGAUACUGGACGAACUGCAAAUGAUCAAAGUGGAGAUUUGGGACCUGCUUCUCAAUCCAACUUUGGUACUUUCAUCUGCAACGCCACCUAGGCUUCCUGGACCAACACUCUGGUCCACCUAUGGGGUCAUGGUGCUCCUGCAGGGGUGCAUAGCAUGUGUCAUAGCCUGGUUUGGUUGGCAGGCAUAUCAGAUCUACCAACCAGAGCAAAAAAAGAUAAAGGGACAUUAGGAGGCACUGCAUGCUGCUCAGGAUUAAAGUUCUUGUUUUGGAUUUUAUGUUUUGAAUAAUGUUUUAAUGAUUUCUGCAGUAUGACUUAUAAAAUGGAUCGGUCACCCAAAAAUGAUAAUUGUCAUUAUUACUGCACCUCAAGUUGUUUCAAAAUUCAUCUGGCUUUCAUUCUUUUGCAAAACACAAGAUAUUUGAAUAUUUAUGAAUAGGACCCAGAACUUUCGAGCUCUAAGAAGGACAUAAAGGCCAACAUGAAAUUAAACCAUAUGAAUACACUGGUAUAUUCCAAGUCUUUGUCACGUUGUACGAUGAAGGGAUCAAAUCUUAAGCCUUUUGUGUUCCACAGAAGAAAGAAAGGUUUGUAAUCAAAUUAAGGUGUGUAAAUGAUGACAUCAUUUUCAUUUUGGGUGAACUGUCCCAUUAAGUUUGAUAUGGCCACAGGAAAGAAAAAGUACACAGUAGGCAUUAAUUGACAAAAACUGUGAAUGUUUUAGCAGGUUUUAUUUUAAGGACGCUGGAGGUAGGGUGUUUUUUGCUGUCAAGUGGUCAAAGUCCUCGCUACUCUGUAAUCAGCAAGCUAACUCUGCCACGUUUGCUCCCCAGGGACUGUAUUGUUGAGUGAAGUUUCCAGAAAGUUCACAUAAGUUUCACUCAAGAGGGGUGUAUGAUGCAUGAUGCAUUAUUGAGCUUUUACUAGGACACCUUAUAUUGAAACACUUUCCAUCACUGAAAUUCUUUUUCUCAGUCUAUCUAUCACUGUGUCGCUUUUCCUCUCAUCUGCCCACUUACAUUUCCUCCCUCUUUUUAACAAACCCUUCAAACAGGAAAAGCAGACAAACACAAAUAAGCCAAAAAUGUUUGAAGCAAAGGGAAAUGAGAGAGGUGGAGUUCGCAUGCUGCUUUACAUUACUGUAGUGCUAAACUACACCCCUUCACAGUUUUUAAUAAACAUUAUAUUUCACUCUAUACUGUCAUUACUGUCGAUUAUAGACCUUAAGGUGUGUGGCAGCAUUAGCUAGUAACCGAAGAUUUCAGUUAAAAUGCUAUAUUUUAAGCUACUGUAACUAUGCAUUGUUAUUGAUUGUAUACGCUUCUCUAUGACUUGACAUUUGAAGGCCUUCGCAAAGACGAAGCCAUAUCAUAAGGGCCUUUCGCACCACAUGAAUCUUUUCAUAGUACCAGAACUAAUUUUGGAACUACCCAAUUUUUGGCGUUUUCACACUACCCGUGACGUAAGUAGACGUUGAUAGGCCAACUUAUUUUGCAAGUAUGGAGAACAGCGUUAGAAGAACUGACGCUGAAGUGCAGGUACUUGUAGCAAAUGUAGAACUUCCAGUUCUAGUUGGAGAUUCUUAAUCCUCCUUUCUGUUCUUUCAAUCGCUUUAUGUAGCUAUACGUCGACAUUCCAUAUCCUUUAUUGUGAAACUCGCGAGACACAACAAAAACACAGCUCUGAUCACAGCGUCCUCCAUCCGCCUGUUGUUAAUGUAGUUCUUCUUUGUUUUCGUUGUAGAACGCAGCCCACAAAUUAUGUCGCUGUCAAAUGGCUUACGUCACUUCCUAGUACACACUGUCGAUGCGAAUGCAACCCUUUAAAUGGUGCUGGGAAGUAGUUUGCGCAAAAUCGUCCCAGUACUUUAGCUUUGUACAUUUAGCUCUGGAACUAAAGCAGUGCGAAAGGCACUAUUGUUUGAAGAACAUAUCAGCAAGUACUGUUUUUACAUGUAAA